GCAGGCGGAAAUGGAAAAGACGAGGUGAAAGUCAAACUGCAAUCAAUGAGAAGAAUAUUCCAUUUUGCUCUCCCGCACCGACCGCAUUGGCCGCGGCACUUGAGCGCGCGCGCACACACACUCACACACACUCCUCAUUCAGACACGGCGAUGCAUUCCGACGCUACGGACCACUCCUCGCUUGAGUCGACACGGUUUUAGGAUGGUGCAAAAAUCCCUCAACGGUGGCGUUUACCCAACUCAAGCCGGCGAGAGGAAGCACAAAGUCGGCUUCGUGGGUCUGGAGCCAGGGGGUCCCGAAUCAAGCCGGGACGGGACGCUGCUCAUCGCGGGCGCGGAGAGCAGCACCAAGCGGGGCAGCGGCAUCCUUUGUAGACCCAGAGGCAGCAUCUCAGCCGGGGGGAGAUCCAGAACCCCCAAGAAGAAUGCCAGUUAUCGCAAGCUGCAGAAUUUCCUCUACACUGCGCUGGAAAGACCGCGGGGAUGGGCGUUCAUCUACCACGCUUAUGUUUUCCUCCUGGUCUUUUCCUGUCUCAUUCUCUCAGUUUUUGCCACCAUUAGAGAGUUCAAAAAUAGCUCAGAGAGUGCCUUGUACAUCCUGGAAAUUGUGACCAUCGUGGUGUUUGGAGUGGAGUACAUUGUGCGGAUAUGGGCUGCUGGCUGCUGCUGUCGAUACAGAGGAUGGAGAGGGAGGCUCAAAUUUGCCAGGAAGCCUUUCUGUGUCAUAGACAUGAUGGUCCUGGUCGCAUCAGUGUCGGUGCUGGCAGCUGGAUCGCAAGGCAAUGUUUUUGCCACAUCGGCCAUCAGGAGUCUGAGGUUCUUACAGAUCCUUCGCAUGCUGCGUAUGGACCGUCGUGGGGGAACUUGGAAGCUACUUGGAUCAGUCGUGUACGCCCACAGCAAGGAGCUCAUCACAGCGUGGUACAUCGGAUUCCUGUGUCUCAUUUUGGCUUCAUUCCUGGUCUACUCGGUGGAGAAGGAGUCCAACAAAGAGUUUGAGACCUAUGCAGAUGCCCUUUGGUGGGGACUGAUAACUCUUACCACCAUUGGCUAUGGAGAUAAAGUUCCAAAGACUUGGAAUGGGCGCUUACUGGCGGCCACCUUCAGUAUGAUUGGUGUGGCCUUCUUUGCGCUUCCUGCUGGCAUCCUUGGUUCUGGUUUUGCCCUCAAAGUCCAAGAGCAGCACAGGCAGAAACAUUUUGAAAAGAGACGCAAUCCUGCUGCAAGCCUCAUCCAGGCUGCAUGGAGGUUUUAUGCAACCAACCUUUCCCGCACAGAUCUGAUAUCCACUUGGGAUUUUUAUGAGCAGACUGUAGCAACCCCGAUGUACAGAUUAAUCCCGCCGUUGAAUCAACUGGAUCUGCUGAGGAAUCUAAAAGGAAGGUCUUUCAGGAAGGAGUCUCAAACAGAAACCUCUCCCAGUAAUGAGAAUGCACACAAAGACAGACUUUGUGGUUGCUGUCCAAGAACUUUUAGUCGGAAGGCGAGCCUAAAGGACAAGAUGUUCCCCAGUCCUUCCAAAGCUCCAUUGGCCAAAGGGAAAGACCAGUCUCCUGGGCCAGAAGAUGGCGCGGAGGCGAGCCCCAGCAAAGUCGCUAAGAGCUGGAGCUUUACGGAGAAGAACCGAGGGCCCAGGCAUUCUCUCAGAGUCCGAGGCAGCACCUCGCGCCAAAACUCAGAGGAGUCAAGCUUUCCAGGAGAGGACAUUGGCGACGACAAGAGUUGUCACUGUGAGUUUCUCGCUCAAGAAUUGCCACCAGGGUUAAGGGCUGCAAUACGAGCAAUAUGCAUCAUGACCUUUCUGGUGUCAAAGAGAAGAUUCAAAGAGAGCCUACGGCCGUACGAUGUUAUGGAUGUGAUCGAGCAGUACUCUGCAGGUCACUUGGACAUGUUGACCCGAAUCAAGAACCUACAAUCCAGGAUAGAUAUGGUUGUUGGGGCCCCUCCCCCAUCAACACCUCGCCAUAAGAAGUCCACUGAAAGUCCUAGAGUUGACCAAAUAGUGGGAAAAGGUUCAAAAGGUGAGGCAGAGGCUGCGGAGGACACAAGCAUGAUGGGACGUCUGGUUAAAGUUGAGAAACAGGUGGUCUGCAUGGACAGAAAGCUGGAUUUUCUGGUCCAUGUAUAUAUUCAGCGCAUGGGCAUCCCUCGCUCUGAGACAGAGGCCUUUUUUAACUCCAAAGAACCAUAUCCGGCGCCACCUUACCACAGCCCAGUGGAGAGCAAGCAGAAGGACGAAAUGGUCAAGGAGGAACGGGAGAUGGACUUCUUGUGCACUGAAGGGUCUUUAGAGCAGAAAGAGCCUUUGUCGGAUGCGCAUGUGUCGGGAUCAGCGGCUUCCCCGUCUGGUAGUCACAGUCGCCCUUCUACCUCGUGGCAGCAUCAGCUGCAGCACCCUGUCAGCCAGCCGGCCUGGAACAGCAGCGUGGCCAAUACCCCUUCGCCCGUCGGCGGCAGCGAUUCCCCUCGACUGUUCCGCCUUCCCCCUCCGCCCGCUCCACCCCACGACCGUUCAAGCCAAGAGAGCGGCUCCCUCAGCAGGAGACGUCACCGGAGGCCGAGGCGUCGUCCGCAGGACGCCACCAAUGCCGGGAGCGACACGUCCCUCUCCAUUCCGUCCGUGGACCACGAGGAGCUGGAGCGCUCCUUCAGUGGCUUUAGCAUCUCUCAGGCCAAAGAGGACUUUUUCGGGGCGUCUUUUUUCCCAGGCUCCGGUGGCGGCGGAGGAGGAGGGUCGACAGCAGGGACAGAAGCCGGAGCCCCAGCGCCACUCUGUGCCAAGUUGAGGCCAUUCCUCGCGGAAGGCGAAUCCGACACAGACUCGGACCUCUACGCUCCCUCGCCCUUGUCCUUCUCUGGCGAGGCCUCCUGUGGAGAGAAAGGAUGGCCCGGACUCAAGUAGCUUUGCCCACUACGGCCUGCUUGGCAAAGACGCCAAAAUGGUCAUGUGACCUAGAAGCCAAUGUUGCUUAUCAUUUUUAUUCAAUGAUUUUUGAUUCAAUGAUUUAAUACUGAACAUGGACACGAUUUGCCCUCAAAGCACUGUCUGGGAUGUAGUAGAACACAAUAAGCAAUGCUUUAAUACAGAGGUAUCAUACUCAGUUUUGUCACGGGCCACGUCAGAGAUAUGGUUUUGCUUGGAGAGCCAUUAUGACUGUGAACCCAUACAAGUGGAGAUCACAUAUCACAUUAGACACACAGGGCUGGACUGCCACCAAAGAAGGCACCGCACAUGUAACGUGCGGUGCUGCGAGCUGAGGUGGCAGCCACUAGCCAUGGACAGCUAGAUAAAGACUUCUAGAUUUUCACAGGUUCUUGUGUAAUUGGUAGCAAAAAGCAAGCUUGACCAUGCUUGACUUGAGAGGGAGCCAAGUAACCAAUUGACAUAUUAAAGAGGCGCCACCAUGUGGCGUGAUACCGUACUACCAUAAAUGACGAGGAUGCAGCACGCGUAUGUAAAGUUUACAUUGUAAACAUACACACUUGUGCACGUUCGUGAUUGACAAGUGAAGCUUCAUAAAGCACUUGUGAUAGUUUUUGACUCCUCUAGAUGGCACUCUUGGUUUAAAGAUGCCAUGGAAUUUUCAUACAUUUCCAUUGGACUCACCUUUAUAGUCAAACAAAGAGCACCAUCUUGAGGAGUCAAAAACGAUCAACGAUCAAGAGCUUCAUGAAGCUUCGUUUUCACAUCACGAGACUGCACUUGCAACCAUGACUGUGGAUUGUAUGAUAAACAUGAACUUCUCAGCCAUGUUCUUUGCUUACUA